AUGCAGCAACUGGAGCCGCUGCUGUUUCUGCAGCAACUGGAUAUGCUGCAGCGCAAGCAUCGACUGCUGCAGCAGCUGCAGCAACUGCAGCGGCUGCAGCAACUGCAGCAGCUGCAGCAACUGCAGCAGCUGCAGCAACUGCAGCAGCUGCAGCAACUGCAGCAGCUGCAGCAACUGCAGCAGCUCACGCUGCUUGCAUGCAGCAGAACGCACCUUUGA